GUUGGCUUCUUUUAAGGAUGCAGCGUGAGCAGAUCCAGUCUCAGGGCAGCAGCGAGAUGGACCCAGGCCCUCCUGAGUUCCAUUUCACCAUCACAGAUUCUGAGCUACUGACAAGCACAACCCAGGAGCUAAACCAGCUGCGAGAGGACAAAGCAAAACUAGAGAGACAGCUGCAUGAACUGCAGGAGAAGAAAAGAUUGAGUGAAAGCUCUGCGCUAGGACCAUCUCUUCACCACCAGCUGGAUGAGAAGGGCUGGGCAGAGAUCAGGAAGCAGCUCUGGGAGUUCACACAUACCACACAGGAGGAUCUGGAAAAGGAGAGAAGCCAGCUGCUGACUCAGGCAAUUGUGGCAGAAGAGCAGGUGCUGGAGCUGCAGGAAUAUGUAGAUAAGCAUCUUGCAAGGUACAAGCAGGAGAUCCUGAGGUUAAGGAAACUUGUAGGGAGCGAGGCACCCACAGCAUUCAGUGCUGGGGCUUCUGAUCCUCACUUAAUGCAGAGAUCCAAAAGGACCACCUGUCAUGAACUGUAGCUUUUGCCAUGGCCUUGACAAGCAGCAGUCAUUAGUUCAUCAUAGGAAAGACAAGGACGUAAAACUGAGUGGCUGCCUGGCUGUAAUAUUCAGUGUUCUGUCACACCAAGAGAUAAUCCACUCCAGCAAGUGCUCUUCAUACUUGGGCCCUCUUACUAGAGGACUAGGACUUGCUACGAAGGAAAUCAGCAGUAUACAUUUGACCCUACACAGGUAAAUAAAUAUACUAAAAUCAGAUCAAAAUUCAGUGCUUUGUUCCCCCUUUAUCUUGUUUUGUGAGGCUUCCCUCCCUCCAGCAGGCCAUAAAGAUUGCCUUUUCAUUGCAGAAAUGCUCAGUAGCUGCAGAGCACCACUGCCGGUACUUCAGGGUGGUGCAGCACCACACUGGGUCAAACCAUCACCAAAUCUUAGUCUACUGUGGAGCUGGUGGACUCAGCUUACUAUGCACCUGAAUUAACAGGUUCCCUUCACCUUCUGCUAGACAGUUGAUUUAGUAUUGUAACAGCUGCAAAGUGCUAUGCUUCACCGGUGCUAACUCCCACCACCUUGUCCCUGUCUGAGCUGGAGAGGAGUAGAGGUAGGGUUCAGGUUAGGAUUUGAGCUCAGCUGCUCUUAUGCACAGGGCACUGAGGAGACUUUACAGCUCUGCACUCAUGGUGAACUGUUCCAUGGAGAAGGACCUGCUGGGUGGUGAUUAUGUGAGGAGGACCUACAGUGAAUUGAUUAUCAGGGAGAAAAAGAGAGACCUGGAGAAGCUGCAUUACUGAGCCUUCCUCCCAGGGAAUUCUGAACAGUCCAGAAUGGCUCUGUCUACAGUCAGGGGCGGGCACCACCCCAGCCCUGCCCGAAGGAUGAACCAAGUCCUGCAGCCCUUUUAUUGUCAGAAAAUUAAUUGCAAAUAAAUUAAGA